AUGUGGCCAAAACUUGUCUUUUUUCUCAGUUUCCUAGCUUUUGUCUUUGCGGACAAUGAUGAUCCAGAGGAUCUUAAGGUUACUCAAGUAUUCCGCGUAAAGUCAGGGACUGAACUCGGUGGAUGCGAUAACUUCGACGUCAACAGAUGGUUCUCAGAUGCGAGAUUGCUUAUCAAAGCUGCAAAAGGAGCCUUGCAAGAGGCCCAGCAGUUCUUUGAUAAGGGCAACAAAGAUUCUCAAAUUGAAAGCUAUCUCCGAGCAUUCUUCAGAUUCGACCCGGAGGAUGUUUCUGCGAAGUCAACACUCGAGAAGAUGAUGUAUGAUAUCAACGAGGUCCAUGAUUCCUUAAAAGACACAAGUGGCGGCGACGAUAUGCCGUGGGUCUUUUGUGAUAGCACAUUCGCUGAGCAGAAAAGCUGGUCAAGCAAAGCUCUGGUCGAAGGGACAGGCGCCCCAGAUCCCGACGACCGGACGAUCAAGCAGGCUUUUCCGGACAUAUGUCAAGAGAACUACACAAAGCGAAAUGCCGCUUUGAAGAAAGAGAGGAACGCUAGGAAAAGAAUGAUGCUCCCUAGAGAGUUUUAUCCUUUUUGGGUUGAUGACUUCAAGCAGUACCGCUAUGCCGAAAAGGGUAACUAUUGCAACAAGGCAGGGAAAAAGAACAUGGCCGGCACAGACGACAACAUGCAGCCCAAUACCAUUACUUUCUGCACAAUGAAUUGGAAAGAUCACAAAUACAAGGGCUUGUCCGAUUUUCCGCCUGUUGUGGAUGAAGGGUUAUCCCUUAACCACUUUGCAAUUGGUGGCCUUACCUUUCUCCAUGAAUCAUUCCACUACGCCCUUCUGAAUGAACAUACGCCAGAUACUGCGUGUAAGUACGAGAGAAUUUCCCUGAAAGUCUAG